AUGCUGCAGGAUCGAGUCGGCCUGCCAAAGGACCAAAUCCAAUCGCACGUAGACGCAUUGCUUGCUGCCUAUGCCGGAGCGUCAGUCAUCUUCUCUCCAAUUGCAGGAGUCCUAGCAGACAAGACUUCCACUAGACAGGGCCCUUUUCUGCUUGGUCUUGUAGCUUUAUUACUUGCCACAGUACUGCUCUUCGUCGGCUCAAAUAUUCCUACGUUGGUCGUUGCCAGGAUAUUACAAGGAUGCUCCGCCGCAGUGGUAUGGACCAUCGGUCUGGCACUUUGCAUUGAAACCGUCGGCAAAGAGAAUCUCGGUAAGACCAUUGGGUCCAUCUUCAGUUUCAUCUCCGUUGGAAAUUUGUUGGCUCCCUUAUUGGGUGGUGUGCUCUACAACAAGACCGGAUACCCAGGCGUAUUCGGUAUAGGAUUCGGCAUCUUGGCCAUCGACUUUUUUAUGCGUUUACUGGUCAUUGAAAAGAAGGUAGCCCGUCGCUAUCAUCUCGUCAAUUCCGAGGGCAACGCCAAUGAUGAGACACCUGCUCCAGAAGACAACGAGGCAGCCAAUGGCGAAGAGGAGCCUUUGCUGGGCAACAAAGCAGAGAGCAACGAAUUCCAAAUAUCUGCAGACCAGCCAGCCAUCGCUCGCAAGAUCCAGAUUCUGCCAUGUCUCAAGAACCCACGUCUUGUCGCCGCUCUACUGGUAGCCUUUGUCCAAGCAGCGUUGCUCGGCUCCUUCGACGCUACUAUCCCCACUGUCGGUCAGGAGCUUUUCCACUUUGACUCUUUGAAGGCCGGCAUACUGUUCCUUCCUCUUGGCGCUUUCGACUUUGUGGCCGGCCCUCUGUUCGGGUGGGCAGUCGACAGAUAUGGUACCAAGUUGGCCGCAGUGGGUGGCUAUACAUUCUUGGUUCCCUGUCUUGUUUUACUUCGGCUACCCCAUGCUGGCGGAACACCUCAGGUUAUACUUUACGCUGCGCUUCUUGGACUGUGUGGAGUGGGGCUUGCUGCAAUUGGAGCUCCUUCGAUCGUGGAAGCAGGUGAAAUCGUAGAAAAAUACUACGAGGCUAAUCCCGAGUUCUUCGGACGCGAUGGCCCCCCUUACUCACAGCUCUACGGCAUGACUUCAAUGGUAUUUUCUUCCGGACUGGCGGUUGGACCCGAACUCGCUGGCGAGCUGAAGCAAGUCAUUGGAUACGGGAACAUGAACAUUGUUCUUGCAGUCAUUUGUGGACUUACUGCAGUCUUGUCGUUCUUUUUCAUUGGAGGAAAGCCAAAGGUGCUCCAGAAUAGAUAG